AUGGAACCCUCACCACAACCAUCCAGCCCGCCAAAGCGAGGCCUCAAGCGCCGCUUCACCGACCUCCACGUCGACAUCACAAGCAUUCUACACGGCUACACCCCCUCCCCACACUUCCUCGCAAGCGACGUCACCGGCUUCCUCCUCUUUACCCUCCUCGCGACAGACUGGCCAUCCAUCUGGCGCGCAAAACUCUUCCGCGCCGUGCCCUGUGCCCAAACAGCCUCUGAGACCUUCUCCGGCUUCUGGAACGCCUUCUGGCAGGAACGCUGGCACCAGGAAGACCACGCCGAGUCGAAGACGGACAAGUGGAACCCUUCGCUUUACAAGUCUCCGCCGCCGCGGAUGCGCUCGUGUCGCGAGGUGCUGAAUCGGCAGCAGGCAUUGCGGAAUUGUUGCGCUGCGCAGAUGGCGGAGCUUGAGGGGCGUGAAGUGGUCAAGGAGAUGAUGCUGCAGGUUGUGCUGGCAUUUUGCUGGCUUUGGGCGGUGCUUAAAGACUACAAGCAGCUCCUCUGCCUGGUGGAUGCCAUAGAGACCGAUGGAGAAGGGUGCCGGCGGGAGGAGGUUGAAAGGGAGGUGCCGGUGGUGGUGUGUAAAGGAGAGGGAACUAUGCCCGUGGCGCGGGGCGGCCCGUCAUACUGUUGCUUGAGACGGCUCCAGCAACAUAUUGAUCGUGGACAAGGCCUUGUUGACAAAUUCGUAGAGCUGCAGAUGUGUGACAGUACCGACCAUACGCUUUGGACGGAGAUGGAGUGGCUAAGCGAGAAGGAAGGUGAAAUUCCUGCAGAAAUGCUGCAGCAAGAUCGGUUUCUUGUCAAUCGUGUCGUUUUCUCGGCUGGUCUCUCAUGGCUCAUGGUUGCCAUCAGCUGCGACUUUGCGACCUUCUACUUCCUCGUCCUGAUACGGCGACUGAGUGCUCGUUUACUGCCGUAA